AGAGAGAGAGAGGAAGAAGAUCGAGCCCUUGGUUCGGUGCGCGCGAGCGCACGCGCGCACUCAAUUCUUAAGGUCGACGACUGUGAGAGACUACUAACUACCGGUACUUCUUUCGCCCGCGAAACAUGCUCGCGGUCAAAGUGGAAUAUACGGAGGAGGCCAACAUGAUGGACUCGGUAUCAUCCUCGACGAGUUCAUCGACCGUUUCUCAACAACAGCAGCAACAGCAGCAACAGCAACAACAGCAGCAACAGGGAGUACCGUUCGACGAGAGCGGUUUUGAGCCACAAACGAGAGCGCGGUCCAACACGUGGCCGUUACCCAGGCCCGAUGGAUACGUCGAAGGUAACGUUGGAGUCGUCGUUGGUGGUUCUGGUGGUGGUAGUGGUGCUUGUGGUGUACAAACUGGAAACGACAUCGGCGAGGCCGGUGGUACACCACCGCAACAAGGAACUUUGGGACAAACAGGUGCCACUGGUGCACCUUUAUUCCCCGUUAAAAAGAACUCGUCGAGAAGAAACGCAUGGGGUAAUCUAAGCUAUGCCGAUAUGAUUACUCAAGCGAUCACCAGUGCACCCGAACAAAGGCUCACCUUAUCCCAGAUAUACGAGUGGAUGGUCCAGAACGUUAACUAUUUCAAGGACAAGGGUGAUAGCAAUAGCAGCGCCGGUUGGAAGAACUCCAUAAGACACAACCUAUCGUUGCACUGCAAGUUCAUGCGAGUGCAGAAUGAGGGAACGGGAAAGAGUUCCUGGUGGAUGAUCAAUCACGAUGCUAAGCCCGGGAAAUCGCCACGACGUAGAGCUACGUCGAUGGAGACUAGCAAAUUUGAAAAAAGACGUGGUCGAGUUAAGAAGAAGGUCGAAGCAUUGAGAAACGGAGUUUUGCAAGCCGAUGCUACACCAAGUCCAAGUAGCAGCGUCAGCGAGGGUUUGGAUCUUUUCCCUGACAGUCCACUUCAUCCAGCCAGUGGAUUUCAACUUUCACCAGACUUUCGACCUCGAGCAUCUAGCAACGCAUCCUCCAGUGGUCGAUUGAGUCCGAUACCAGCGGUCUAUGGGGAGCCAGAAUGGACACCAAACUAUGCGCCAUCUUACAGUCCAGAACAAUUAGAUACGAUUCUAGCCGGUAGCCUCGCGGAAACCAUGAAAUUGGAGUCUUAUCAAAUGUAUCAAACAUCACCCCCUAAUCAUCAGCAACAAGCUGGUCCUCCACCUUCUUAUUUCGAAACGCAAUAUCAGAGGAACAACACUUUACGCACCGGUUCGUCCUCUUUCGGACUUCCACCUACACCACAACCCAACAGCCAACAGAGAUGCCCGAUACAUCGUUUACAAGCUUGCGCUUGUCAAAUGAACCUGAGUCCAGUUUCUGGAAUGUCACCUUCAUAUCAACAAAGCGAGCCAAGCCCAACGGCACUGAGUAACAGUCAACAACAAACGAUCCAGUAUAUGAUUCAGAGUCAACAGCGGCAGCAACAGCAGCAGCAACAGCAGCAACAGCAACAGCAGCAGCAGCAACAGCAGCAACGACAUCAACAACAGCAACAGCAGCAACAACAGCAGCAGCAACAACAACAACAACAACAACAACAGCAAGCACAAAGUGGACCAGCGGGGCCGAGUCCGCCAAACACACCUUCCCCAUGUGAUUCAACUCCAAGUACAAUGAUGGGACAACUAAUGGGUGCUCUUAAUAACUCGGCCCUUCUCGAUGAUCUCAAUAUUAACAUCGAAACGUUGCAUGGUGGAUUCGAUUGUAACGUCGAAGAGGUAAUAAAUCACGAGCUUUCGAUGGACGAAACGCUGGACUUCAAUUUUCAACAAGGCGUUAUGGGUACAGCGGCGAUCCAGGUUAGCGACGGUAACAUCGGUCAAAAUGGUAUAGUUUCUCAAAACAAUGUCGGGGUUGGUACCGGUACCGGAAACGCACCAGCGGGAGUCUACAUGAGCACCAAUGCGGCGACUCCCGCGGCACCACCUUCUUGGGUUCACUAGCAGUGGACCCCUCUGCCCUCGACACCACCGUUGUCCUUACCAAUUCCAUCGACCAACAUCGAUGGAUGGGACAAUUAUUGCGGGAUGUCGGAGGAACAAUUCG